CAUCAUCAAGGCGCGCGCCCGGCUCCCUGCUCCGCGCGCAUGCGUCUGUGUGUACGUGCGCGUGUGUGUCUCCUUCAUAUCACCCCGCGACCCUCGUGAGCCCAGCUGAAAUGGCUGUUCCUCCAGCGUACGCUGACCUCGGCAAAUCUGCGAAGGAUAUUUUCAAUAAGGGAUACGGCUUUGGGGUGGUGAAGCUCGAUGUGAAGACCAAGUCAGCGAAUGGAGUGGAGUUCAAGACGUCCGGCUCGUCUAACAUAGACACCACCAAAGUGAAUGCUAACCUGGAGACCAAGUACAAAUGGGACGAGUACGGCCUCACCUUCACCGAGAAAUGGAACACGGACAACACACUCGGCACUGAGAUCACCGUGGAGGACCAGAUCACUAAAGGACUGAAGUUGACCUUUGACACGACGUUCUCUCCAAACACAGGAAAGAAGAGUGGGAAGGUGAAGACGGCCUAUAAGCGGGAGUUCCUCAACGUGGGCUGCGAUGUUGACUUUGACUUCGCCGGUCCCACCAUCCAUGCGGCCGCUGUUCUGGGCUACGAGGGCUGGCUCGCCGGUUACCAGAUGACCUUUGAAAGCGCCAAGUCCAAAAUGAGCCGCAACAACUUCUCCAUCGGCUACAAGACCGGCGACUUUCAGCUGCACACCAACGUUAAUGAUGGCUCUGAGUUCGGAGGCUCUGUCUAUCAGAAGGUGAACGAUAAUUUGGAGACGGCGGUUAAUCUGGCCUGGACUGCCGGCAACAACAGCACACGCUUCGGCAUCGCAGCCAAAUACCAGCUGGACCCCAGCGCCUCCAUCAGCGCUAAAGUGAACAACUCCAGUCUGGUGGGAGUGGGCUACACGCAGACCCUCAGGCCAGGGGUGAAGCUGACUCUCUCUGCUCUGGUGGACGGAAAAAGCAUCAACUCUGGAGGACACAAACUGGGCCUGGGGCUGGAGCUGGAAGCAUAAACCAGCCUCCCUCCACACUCCUCCCUCCCUCCCUCUCUCUCGCUCUCUCCCCCUCUCCUCCUUCUUAUCUCUCUCUCUCACUCUGAGGAGAGGAUGGGUUUAAUAUGGAUAAAUCCGGGUCCUCUGUGUGUGUUUAGUUUGUGCAGCCGAUGUGAAAAGGCCGUCAGUGAUCCACCGCACGCUCAGUUACACUCUCAAAUCAGACGUGUUGAGAACACCACACUGUCCCGUUCAGCUGAGUACUGUUGUGUUAUCUCACUUAAAGAGCCCAUAUCAUAGAAAACUGAAUUUUCCUCGUAAAAAGAAGUUUGAUUCAGUCUGUAAACACAGUUUCAAAACAUUGUUCACUCCAAAGUCCAUAUAGCUAAGCUGCAAAAAAAUACUGUUUACAUGCAACGAAUAAUCCGAUAACUGCAGAAAAUCAGAUUUUGCCAGUAAUACGAUCAACGCCUUUACAUGCGCUUGAGUAAUCACAUAACAGGGAAACUCCAGGUCUACAUAAGUCAGACAGUAAUCAGAUUUUUGCUCUACAACCAGCCAAUAAACUCUCAGAAGAACACGUUACGUAAACGUAACAUAAAACUCAAACUUCACCCUGCAGUUUUUUAUCACAUCGCACCACUUUACGUGAAAAUAUGAACAUACAUCAUCUAGAACAUGAAGAAUAUUUUAGUCUUUCAUUUCGUUUUCUGUUUUCACACAUGCUCAGACUGAGAAAUCCGAAAGAAAUCAGAGUUUACAGCACUGAGAAAUCUGAUUACUGAGCUAAAAUCCAGCUCUCAGAUUUCUUAUUUGGAUUUCUAGACCUUAUUAUGAUCUAAGAAAACAGGGUAUGCUCUUUACAUGACCAUUUGAAUAAUCAGACAACUGCAGAAUCUGAUUAUGAUCAGAUUAUUGAGUGCAUGUAAACACAGUUACAGACGUCUCCUAAUUCAGCCUACAGCAGUUUAGCCCCGCCCACUCACACUGAAGUUAUAAGGAGUGUUUCAGCCCUGGACUGCUCUUUAAAUGAGGCACAGUACAUGGCAGCCUAUCAGAAUCAACCUCAUUUACAUAUAUCAGUCUAAAGCCGGCUGUAUACUUAAUGUAUCAAAUGAAAACAGCUUUUUGAAGCAAAACGCUGUUGGAAAAAGAGAUUAUGACUGAUUUUAAGAAAAAUACCAAAACGAACGUUAUAAAAGGACCUGGCGGAGGUGAUGUGGUGGGGGCGGGGUUUAAAAUAUGAGGAAAAUGUAGGAUAUGGGCCCUUUAAUGUAGAUUUGUAACACAAACCCUGUCUAUUGAUUCAGUCUGCCUUUAAUUUGCUGUUCUUCUAACCUGAAAUAAACCGUGUUGUAACAGCGAUUCCAGUGUUAUUGACGCAUCAGCUUUGAGAGUGAGCACACCUUGUUGCCCCUGACGACGCGAUGCCCCAUCAGUCUGUGCUUAUUUAUUUGCUGUUGUUCUGCUGAGAUCCGUCUCUCUCCAGACGUGAGCGUCUGCUUUCUCCUGCGAUUCCUCUCCCACCCACGGCAGGUCACACUCGCUCUCUGUGACUCUGUGCUGAAGAGCAGGUCUGAUGAAUGUAGAGCUCCUGUAAAACCUCACCUGAUCGCUGUAGAGAACAACCUCCUCUCUGCUUUUAAAGGAAGAUAAUAGCACCUUGAUUGAUUUGCACAUUAAAGCUGGUUUCCUGCGGACGCAUCA